AUGCCUAACUUUGGACAUUACCUUACGGAAGCUCAGAAGAAGGAAUUGAGGGGAAUUGCUGAGGCCAUUGUAGCUCCUGGUAAAGGCAUUUUGGCUGCCGAUGAGAGCGUCGCUACAAUUGGCAAGCGUUUUCAGAGUAUUGGACUGGAAAACACUGAGGAAUUUCGUCGCCAAUACAGACAGCUGCUUUUUUCUGCCAAUCCCGAGGUGUCGAAACACAUAUCUGGCGUAAUUCUGUUUCACGAGACACUCUAUCAAAAAGCGGACGACGGCAGGCCCCUAGUCGAACUGUUAAAGGAACGCAACAUUCUGCCGGGAAUCAAAGUUGACAAGGGCGUUGUUCCGUUGGCUGGGUCGAUCGACGAGUGUACGACUCAGGGCUUGGAUGGGUUGGCAGAACGGUGUGCGCAGUACAAAAAGGACGGUUGCCAGUUUGCGAAGUGGCGCUGUGUUCUGAAGAUCGGUCCAUGCACUCCAUCUUAUCAGGCCAUGUUGGAAAACGCUAAUGUUUUGGCACGUUACGCUUCUAUCUGUCAACAGGUAAUCUCUUAUUGA